AUGAGCGCGCCAACUACCUAUCUUGUUACCGGUGCAAACCGGGGCAUUGGACGAGGCUUUGUAAGGACCUUCCUCCAAAGGUCUGAAACACUGGUCAUCGCGGCGGUUCGAGACCUGUCGAGCGAAUCAUCAAGAAGCCUUCAAGACCUUCCCAAAGGCGCCGGCACCAAGUUGAUCACCGUCAAACUUGACUCGGCAGUUGAGACCGACGCUGCAGAAGCAGUGGCUUUACUUCAGGCAGAACAUGGCAUAUCCUACCUCGACGUCGUGAUCGCCAAUGCCGGAAUCUCUGUCGGUGGCGAUACUGUCCGCCGAACCUCAGCGACCAACAUCGCGAAACAUUUGGCGGUGAAUACAACUGGCCCGGUGCUGCUAUUCCAAGCCACUGCAGACCUUCUACAGGCUAGCAAGUCUCAGCAGCCUAUCUUUGUCGCGAUUUCAACGCUGAUUGGAUCCAUCGGAUCGAUGGAGGCUCUUGCGAGCUUUCCGCAGAACAUGAGCCCAUAUGGUGGAAGCAAGGCAGCUUUGAACUGGUUUAUCCGCCGACUUCACUUUGAGGAGACCUGGUUGACGAGCUUUGUCUUCCAUCCUGGUUUGGUUGAGACAGAUCUUGCGGCUGCUGCCGUGGAAGGAUUGGGCGUCAAGCUUUCGGACGUUGGCGCUAUCUCUGUUGAGACGAGCGUGUCAUCGAUGGUGAAAACGCUCGACAAUGCUUCUCGACACAUCAGUGGUACCUUCCAGAACUAUGACGGUUCGGCCCUCCCAUGGUAG